ACUGCUCUCUCUCUCUCUCUCUCUCUUUUUUCUGCGCGAGCUCUCGGUGUACCGCGGCUUUCGGUUUUUAUAUUAUAUAUAUAUUUGAUAUAUAUCAUCGUCACAUGUGUAACGGUGCUUUUUUUUCUCUGUGACUCGACGAGAGUUCGUUAUUGGUGUUGGUGUUGGUGCGCGGUGCUUGGAUUGGCAAUAUAAAUAAUGAGCGAGCUUAAUCAAGAAUCUUCGGACGUCGAGAACCUGGCUAAUAACGAGGAUGAGGAGCAUCAGCGUCAGCAGGAGCCUCUGCUGCCAGCAACGACGACAGCAGCAGCAGCAGCAGCUAUAUCAGCUACUGCUAAUAAUACAGAUCAGCCGAGCGGGGCGAUCACGUCCGGCUCGCCGUGCUCCACGGCCUCGACGAGGUACAACAACAGCGGCGGUGGCAACAAACGCCUCAUGCUGCUGAGCGUAUGACACAAGCGUCGUCACUCGUCCUCCAAGUCGUGGAAGUCCCGGCGCAGCCUCGACAGAUCCUCCGUGGAGUCGGCCUCGGCGCUGAAAGCUCGACUGAAGGCUCAGCAGCAGCGCAACGCCACGCUGCCGGGCCAGUUCAUGACGGCUUACGUGACCAGCGGCGGCGCGGCUUACGGUACACAGGGUAGCUGCUCGUCGGCGGCCUCCAAUUACAAUAAUCAGCUCGAUCAGUAUCAGCAUCAUCAUCAUCAUCAACAGCAGGCGUGCCAACAAGGCCAGCAGCAGCAGCCACAGCGCCCGACGACCAUCGUGUUUCCGAGCUUGCGGCCGAGCGGCUCGGUCUUCGCUCAUCUCAAGGAAUUCAAACACUGGAAUAAGAGCGGAUUGAGGGUGGGGGAGAAAUGCGCCUUCUGGAUCUACGAAAAGGUCAGCUCGUGGAGCAAGAGAUGGUUCACGCACACGUUUCUAUGCUUCGUCCUGUUUGUCUACAGUCUACUCGGCGCUUGGCUCUUCGUCAGCAUCGAGGGCAAAUACGAGAGCAAUAUACAAGAUGAAAUCAAGAGAGAGAGGGACGAAAUGAUCCGUAAGAUCCGAGACUUGUGGGACGAGCGGGGGCUCAGCUCCGAGGACGAGGAGGACGAGUGGAACAGCCGAGUGCGCGGCCAGAUACUCCUGUACGAGGAGCGCCUCUACGGUAUGUUGAAAAAGCUCAACUUCCAGACGCAUCCCGAGGACAUGAACUGGGUCUUCUGGAACGGCGUCAUUUACUGCUGUACCAUUUAUACGACCAUCGUUCUCACCGAGGAAGAGGCUGGCGACGUAGACAUGGAAAAGGACGAGGAGGAGGAGCAGCGUCGUCUGAAGAUGGAGCGCAUGGUCGAGGAUACGGAGCGCAUGGAGGAGCGCGCGGAAGUAGUAGUGCCCCAACCAGCCAAGGUCAGAGCCAUGUCACCGGCUGUUAGAAGAUCGGAGCAAAAAUCCGAGUUCGAAGUUAAGGAAAAAUUACCGAGGAGAUCUGCGUCACCCUUAAGGGCGCCCGAGCCCGGAAAUAGCAACAACGGCAGCAACAAAAGGCCAAACGACCGUGAGAACGUCGAGCUAAGGCGAAGGAUGGGCUCCCCGGACACGGCUAGAAUUAGCAGCGCCAGGCACCUGUCGCCGACUUCUGCGUCAUCGGAUCCGUACGACGACGAUCUGUCGGACUCUCGCAGUGGUGGCGUCAGAAGACGCGCCAGCAGCCGUCAUCGCUACUCCGACGAGGACGAGACGGACGAGCAGCCGCGAGCCGUGCAGCAUCGGCGAUCGCCCAUGAAGAAGCAGAUAAUACCCAUCAGCGACAAUCGACUGAUGGAGGACGUGGCCAGGGCCAAGAGGGCCUACUCGCAUCGCGAGCGCAGCUACGAGUACGAGUACGAGGACGACGACGAGGAUUACGCGCCGAGGCGCGGCAGACAGCGCGAGGCCGGAGCGAGUAGUAGCGCUCUGAGACGCAGGAAGCCCAGCGUUCUGCACACCGAUCAGGAGAAGGAGGACAUCGGAAAGAGCCUGACGACCCCAAAGUCCAGCUGGUGGUCGUGGAUUCCGUUUUUUGGGAGUAGGAAGCAAAAAGUUCAAGACCUCAUAGAGGAGGACAAGAAGAAGAUAAAGGAGGAAAAAUUGCCAGCACCGCCAGUAGAAAAAUCCAAGCAAAUCGAGCAAGUGAUAUCCAACGAGCCGGAAAAAGUCACCAUUCGCGACUUCUUCCGCUCGCUCAUCUUCGUGACGGCCGAGUUUCGCGCCUUCUGCCAGCAGAAUCCUCGCGAGGUCGCGAUCCUCGUGGAGCUGCGCAAUCUCUGCAUCGUCGAGACGAUCAUCACGCUGAUACUCUGCGGCCUGGGCGGCUUCGCUUUCCGCUUCACCGAGGGCGCCUUCGAGUCGUUCUACAAGUGCGGCGUGAAACGCGUCAAGCGCGACUUUCUCGACAGCCUCUGGAACUUCAGCCACAACAUGAAGGAGGACGACUGGAAGAGCCUGGCCAGGAGCAAGCUCAAGGCGUUCGAGGAGCAGCUGCACGCGGCCAACGAGGCCGGCGUCUCGUCCUACAGCGGCAUGAAGAACUGGUCGUUUCUCAAUUCCGUGGUAUACAGUCUCACGGUCGUCACGACGAUUGGCUACGGACACAUCUCGCCGAGUACAUCGACCGGUCGUGCGUUGACCAUCGUCUACGCCAUCUUCGGCAUCCCGAUGUUCCUCAUCGUCCUGGCGGAUUUCGGCAAGCUGUUCACGCGCGGCAUCAAGUUCCUCUGGGCGUUCGUGCGCAGGCUCUACUAUACGGGCAGCUGUCGCAAGGUGCGUCGCACCGUCCACAUGCAGGAGAUGAUGAAGGGCGUGCAGCUCGUCUACGACUGGUCCACGUCCUUCAGACGGCCCUCGCAGAUGACGGACGAGGAGAUCGUCGAGAUGGAGCGUCACAGGCAACAACAGCAGCAGCAGCAGCAACAGCAGCACCCGCAUCACACGUCGCUGAGCGUCGACGGGAACACACCGCAGCAGACGCCGGAGUCGCCCUCGACUCCGGAUAUGUCGGCCUUCGAGAUCGACGACGAGUUCAAUCUGCCCAUAUCCGUGGCCAUUACCAUACUCGUGCUCUACAUCAUCAUCGGCGCGGUCAUAUUUAACAUAUUCGAGGAUUGGACCUUUUUCGAGAGCUUCUACUUUGUGUUCAUAUCGAUGAGUACCAUUGGAUUCGGUGAUUUUGUGCCCCAGGAUCCUCUUUACAUGAUGCUGUCAAUUGUAUAUUUAAUCUUCGGUCUAGCCUUGACGUCUAUGUGUAUCAAUGUUGUCCAGGUAAAAUUGGCCGACCAGUUCAAGCAGGCGAGUCAGAAAAUUGGACUGGCGAUCGGCGUUCACGUCGCGGAGGAGGAGGGCGCGCUCAAGCCCGUGCCACCCGAGCGAGUAGAAAUUGCCGAGGUUCACGGAGCCGCCCCGAAGGAGAGAGUCGCGCCCAAAGCUAAACCGGAGGAGGCCGAUCUGUAGCCGUCGACCCCUAAGCCUGCAGAUUUGCUGCGAAAAUUAGAUUACCGUGUCAUGAGGGUCGUACGAAUGUAAAUGAGAGAAUUGGGUAAAACUUAUAUAGAUAUAUGCAGACAUAUAUAUCACGUGAAAUGAUUUUUCUACGCUAAAUUUUUUCUAAAAAAGCUUAUUUUUUAUUCAAAUGAACGUUUGUAUAUCUGCGCUGCAUCGAAAAAAUGAGCCAUUUGUGAAGAUAAGAUAUAUAAUUAUUAUAUUCCCCAAUUUUCCACGACUCUGCUACAUGCCAAAAGAACAAACGAAGCUAUUGAACAGAUAACGAAUAUAUAUUAAACCUACACACUCCAUAUCGAAAGCCGUACGCACAUUGCUAAAGCUUAAUUUAAUUGAAUGAUUGAAUUUUUCAAUACGACAAAAGGCCAUCGAAAAAUUUUUCACAUUCAUUUUACGAGCACUUUUGAUGUUCGCAUAUACAUCAUUGUAAAUAAUUGUUAGUAUCAUAGAGCUCAUCGAUUUUUGUUUUUAAAGCUGUUUUUGACGAGGCGUCAAUUCGUUCGUGUAAUAUAAUUCCCAGACGAUUGAAAAGUCGUACUAUGAAAUACGUAUUAUUAAAUGUUGGUAAAAAACGAGAAAAAGAGCAGUAUGUAACGUGGGUGUAAAAAAUGUAUAAAAUAAUUACUACUUACGAUUUAACAAUCGACGAAUGAAUUUAUUUUUGGAAUAAAUAAAAUUAACGAAAAAAAAGAGAUAUAUAUCUGUAUCCACAUUGAUGGUAAACGAAAGAUUAUAUAUAUCAAUUGUUUCUCUACAUUUGAUACACAAAGGCUAUACAUGCGAAUGCGAGAGAAUUGAUACAAAAGUGAAACCAAUAAUAAUAAUAACGUUAUGCGUGUCAUAGAUAUAUUGUUUAUUGACUCUUUGCGAUAAUAUUGGCGAUAGUUUGAAAGUAUUUCUCGGCUAUUAUAAGCUUAAAUAUGCAUCGAUUAUGUUGCCAUGCAAAAAACCGUCUGUUUUUGGAUAAAUGUAUACAAUGUCUACAUGUUUCCUUUCCGUAUAUAAUCGCCACGCGAUCGCACAGAUAUAAUAUAUUUAUUUAUUUAUUGUAUAAUAAUUCAUAAGAAAGUUGUUAAAAAAAGAUGAAUGAAUAAUACUCGUGCCUUUACUUUGAAUUAUGAAAAAAAAAAUUAAAAAAGAAAAAAAAACGAAAAAAUAUAUAAAUAAAUAAAACGAACGAUAAAUUCGAUGUUUUUUCGUCGUGGUGUGUCGUUUCAUUGUCAUAUCUGUCGUCGCACACAAAAUUGCCACGCGUUUUAUGUGAUAAUACGUAUACGUGUCUGUGCAUGAAAUAUUGUACGAUCAUAGGCGAAUAGGUGUUAUUUUAUUUCCUUACAAUGCAUAUAAAAAUAUUAUAUAGUGUUGAAAAAAUCUUUUUCCGUUGAUUUGAAAAAGAAAAAUUUAACGAAAAGUUCAGCACAGUUAGCCAAAGAAAAUAAAUAAACAGUAUGGCAAUCUGCUUGCAGUAUACGAUCAGUUAUAUUACUUGAGAAACAAUUAAGAUAUUGGCACAUAGCUACGGUACAAUAAUUAUUGAGAAGUAAAAAAACUACCACAAGGGUAUGAGAUUAUAGCGGUUCAUGGUUAAAAUAUUCGAAUCUUAUGUAAGAGUGAGAAAAAGAGUGAGAGAGAGAGAAAGCUUGAGCGUAAUUGCUAAUUCAGAAUUGUUAUGUGUCAGUGGAGUGCGUGAACGAAAGCGUAUAGCACUGAAAAAGAUAAAUGUGUAAGCGUGAUUGUAUUGUUAAACGUCUAUGAUUUAAUGAUGAAUAAAUAAUUAUAUAUGAAAAA